GGCAGAGGCAGAGGCAGAGGCAGAGGCAGACAGGCAGGCAAGCAAGCCAGGGGCAUCUCACCGCGCACGCACCCACGCGCCAUGGGGUGCUCGGCUUCGAAGAACGUGGCUGUGCUUGCCAGCAGCGCAUCCAGGACCUUUGACCCUGAUGGCACACAACCACACAAAGCAGCGAGCAACGACAAGAGCAGCAAAAAGAACGGCAAGAACGGCAAGACCGGCAUGGCAUCGGCGGCACAUGUGCAACCACAGGCUGACGGAACGCGGUGCAACGACUCUGGCGUACCGUCUGAACUCGAACAAGAGGACGAAGCAUCGCCGGGCAGCACCACCUUGCACUUUUCAUUGUUGCCACAACAAGAGACCCCAGCACACAGCCACAACAACAACGAGAAGGAGGAUCUCAAUGAACAGCAACACGAAGAAGCGAAUGGCAUGCCCUUACAGAAGGAGCAUGACCAGCCCAGCUGCAACCACAACAUUGUGCAAACAGCCGAGCCACGCCCAUUGCAGUUGUCCCCGGUCGACAACACGUGGGAUGCGCAGGGCGCAACAGCCAAUAGCACAUCGGCGACAAGCACGCUGGAGCCCAGCCCUCUCAACACAACCACCACGUCGGCCCACCGUUUGCUCAGCCAAGCAUCAUCACCGGGCCUCUUUGUGCACACGCGAAGCGUGGAUGACUAUCAUCCCUCCGCGUUCUUUCCGAGCACACUGCAUGAAACAGACGCAGAGGACAACAGCAGCAGUAGCACCUGCACCGAGGACAACGACGACGACAACCGUGACGGUGACGGCGAUAAGGAUGACGUUGCUCAGAGCGAUGGCAGCGCUGCAGCUGGCGAUGAUAAUUCAAUUGGGUCGCUGCCGAUGGGCGGGCUGGACGACGACGAUACGCUCUCCAGGCCGCAUCACCACACGCUGCACAUUGAAGACGUGGACAUUCGCCAAGACAGCACGCGCCCGUCUCCAACGCCAGAUCCGCUCAGCACACACACGGCGGGCACCAGAGGACGUGGUGACGGUGUGCUGACGCCUCCCCUCAUAUCGGCCGCGCGCAAGUUCAGCCUCACAAACGUGCUGCACGCGCAGCUGCAGGAGCAGGCAGCGCUUAUGGCCGAUGUUGUGCACGAAUCAGACGGCCGCACGGACGCGAAAAUCAUGCAGGAGUGGGACACGAUGCGAAGAAGCAUUGGAGAUCGGCUGCAACUCGUCGAGGAAAAGCGUCGCGCAAGCGCACACGCAACCAUCCUGCUCCAGCGCAAGUCGUCAGUAGGACGCAGGCCAUCACCGGCAGCGCCUGACACUCGAUCGGAAACGCUGCAGUCCGUCUACUCAGCCAUUGGUAAUCUGGCCAGCGAUGUGGCCGGUUGCAGUGAGCUCUUCAAUGCCCUCAACGCAGGCAUCGUCAGACCGUAUGUCCACGAUGCAGAGUACAUGCUGCUGAUUGAUGCGCGUGAUCACGCUGCCUUCACUGCCGGCCACAUCAUCACUGCACAACACAAGGACAUGCUGAACCCCAUGAUUGCCAUGAGCGACUACAGCCUCGUCAUCGUGUACGAUGAGAGCGGCAGCGCGUCGGGCCCGGCCGCAGCAAUGCGCGAUGAACUCCUGUCCUCUGGCGUCCAAUAUGUGACGCUGCUUAGUGGGGGGUUUGCAAAGUUCUCCAAGCGAUAUCCAUUCCUGUCGCACGAAACGCAGACAAACGUGUUCGUGAGCCUGUCACAGCGCGAGAGCCUGCAGACAUAUCCAUCUGAGAUUCGCGUGCAGCAAAUCUACCUGGGCAACUUUCUUCACGCCCACUCUGAUGUGGUGGUCAAGGACUUGGGCAUCACGCACAUCCUCAACGCAACAAAGGAGCACGAGAACAAGUUUCCUGGGAGUGUCACGUACUGCUCCCUGCGCGUCUCGGACGUUCCUAGCGAGAACGUUAUGGACCACUUUGACAUGGCUGCCAGCUUCAUCCACAAAGCAGUGAAGGGAGGAGGACGUGUGCUAGUUCACUGCACCAUGGGAGUGAGCAGAAGCACCACCUUUCUCACCGCAUAUUUCAUGAAACACAAACAAUGGACGCUGAAGCAUGCCCUGGAGUUUAUCAGCGAUCGCCGCCAGGGCGUCAAGCCAAACCAGAGUUUCCUGAAGCAGCUCUCCAAGUGGGAGGAAACCAUCUUUGGCUCGAAGAAGACGGACAUCGACCUCCUCUACAUCUGAUCAAGUCGCGUGUCUAUGUCUGUGUGCCUGUGUAUGUGUAUGUCUGUGUCUGUCUGUCUGUGUCUGUCUGUCUGUGUACAUGUGUGUGUGUCUCUCCGCCUCACUCCCGCAUCUGUCUUGCGUGGGUAGUGCGCUUGUUUGUGUUACGUUUAUGGGACAAUUAUAUUUAUUUUAUGAUGCUUCCUUCGUUUUACCCUCACCCUUUCUGACAACGAAUGUAACUCGCCCUUUGACCGCCACAAGUGUGUUUGUAUGUGUACUCGUGUACAAUCUGUGGGCACUUCGAUUCGCGCAUGCCUGCUCCCAGGAUUGCUGCUUGUUUAUAUACGUCACGUCAUACAACACGAUUUCAUGUAUGGUUCAAGAAUUCAAAUAACACGAGCUUCCC